CUGUUCUUUUCCUUGUUUCAGGAGCAGACUCGCAGCUUACUGAUCCUCGUCUCAGCUCUAUCAAUCAUCCUAGCAAUCCGACUGCAAAUCAAAGCUCCUCAAUUUUCUCAAGCUGACAAUCCGACCGCCAAAGAAUCAUCUUUCCUUACCCGCUUCCUCACCUUCACUUACCUCCCAGUCCUCAAUUUUUGGCUCUUAAUGUUCCCAAACACGCUCAGCUUUGAUUGGGGAAUGGACGCCGUACCCCGAAUCACAUCCUUGCGGGACUCCAGAAAUCUGGUGUCAUGUCUCUUUUACGUCUUCUUGGUGUUUAUUGUAAAAGAUGCAGUCAGGUCGGUGAUUUUGACUAGGAAACCCGUAUUGAGGCCAGCUUACAAUGCCAGAGACUCCUGCGUAGUCUGCCAACCAUCGACCUACAAUCAUCACCAUCAUCAUCAUCACCACCAACACCACGACCUGCAACAGCACACGGCCUCCUGCAGAACCUCCAACAACAACAACACCACUCAAUUCCACUCAAGCUCGUGCGUGUGCACCUCCAAAGAUACCCUCCACCACUACCACAGACAUUUGAGGACAGUGAGGAAUGACCAAGCGGCAAUCCUAUCCCUUGCCUUCCUAGUGCUUCCCUUUAUACCCGCCACCAACCUCCUGUACUACGUGGGCUUCGUCAUGGCCGAACGGGUUCUGUACAUGCCCAGCGUCGGAUUAUGUCUGCUCCUGGGCCUGAGCAGUGCAGCUCUGUGGAACUCGUACAGGAGGUACAGACUCGUGUUUGUGUGCGCGUUUGUGACGGUGCUAGUGGCGUUCAGUGCCAGGACUGUGCUCAGGAACUUGGACUGGAAAAGUGAGGAGGCGUUGUAUAGGUCGGCGAUACCAAUCAAUCCGCCGAAAGCCUAUGGAAACCUGGGAAGCAUACUGAGCAGCCAAGGCCGCGCAGAUGAAGCUGAGCGGGCGUUUAGGAUGGCGCUCGACUUCAGACCUAACAUGGCGGACGUCCAUUAUAACCUGUCCAUUGAUCUCAAUCGGCUCCUAUGACCAACUUCUUCAGAAUAUUCGCUUGAAUAAUAUCCUGCAAGAAGUCCCGUUAGCACGCCGCUGGUAUCGGUCUUCCCGAAUCCCGUUGCGUCCCCAGCGAGGAAAGACACUUCGAUCCGGCUCACCGUAUGCAUAUGAAUGUCUCCUUAAUGGAAAUAAAUAGAGAUCAGAAUAAA